CCGCUGGGUUUUACGGUCCGAGGCUUCCUUCGGGACACCCCAGCAAACCAAGAUGGAGUAUGAGUGGAAACCUGACGAGCAAGGGCUUCAGCAAAUCCUGCAGCUGUUGAAGGAGUCCCAGUCCCCAGACACCACCAUCCAGAGAACCGUGCAACAAAAACUGGAACAGCUUAAUCAAUACCCAGAUUUUAACAACUACCUGAUUUUUGUCCUCACAAAAUUAAAAUCUGAAGAUGAACCAACAAGAUCAUUAAGUGGUCUCAUCUUGAAGAAUAAUGUGAAAGCACAUUUUCAGAACUUCCCCAAUGGUGUAACAGAUUUUAUUAAAAGUGAAUGUUUGAAUAAUAUUGGUGAUGCCUCUCCUCUGAUUAGAGCUACUGUUGGUAUUUUGAUUACAACCAUAGCCUCCAAGGGGGAAUUGCAGAAUUGGCCUGAUCUCUUACCAAAACUCUGCAGCCUGCUGGAUUCUGAAGAUUACAACACCUGUGAAGGAGCUUUUGGCGCUCUUCAGAAGAUAUGUGAAGAUUCUGCUGAGAUUUUAGAUAGUGAUGUUUUAGAUCGUCCUCUCAACAUCAUGAUUCCCAAAUUUUUACAGUUCUUCAAGCACAGUAGUCCAAAAAUAAGGUCUCAUGCUGUUGCAUGUGUUAAUCAGUUUAUCAUCAGUAGGACUCAAGCUCUGAUGUUACACAUUGAUUCUUUUAUUGAGAAUCUCUUUGCAUUGGCGGGUGAUGAAGAACCAGAGGUACGGAAAAAUGUAUGCCGGGCUCUUGUGAUGUUACUUGAAGUUCGAAUGGAUCGCCUCCUUCCUCAUAUGCAUAACAUAGUUGAGUAUAUGUUACAGAGGACCCAAGAUCAAGAUGAAAAUGUUGCUUUAGAAGCUUGUGAGUUUUGGCUCACUUUGGCUGAACAGCCAAUAUGCAAAGAUGUACUCGUAAGGCACCUUCCUAAGUUGAUUCCCGUGUUAGUGAAUGGCAUGAAGUACUCAGAUAUUGAUAUUAUCUUGUUAAAGGGUGAUGUUGAAGAAGAUGAGACAAUUCCUGACAGUGAACAAGAUAUAAGGCCACGUUUUCAUCGAUCAAGGACAGUGGCUCAACAGCAUGAUGAAGAUGGAAUUGAAGAGGAAGAUGAUGAUGAUGAUGAAAUUGAUGAUGAUGAUACCAUUUCUGACUGGAAUUUAAGAAAAUGCUCAGCUGCUGCCCUUGAUGUACUUGCAAAUGUCUAUCGUGAUGAACUUUUGCCACAUAUUUUGCCCCUUUUGAAAGAAUUGCUUUUUCAUCAUGAAUGGGUUGUUAAAGAAUCUGGCAUCUUGGUUUUAGGAGCAAUUGCUGAAGGUUGCAUGCAGGGCAUGAUUCCAUACCUGCCGGAGCUCAUCCCUCACCUUAUUCAGUGCCUCUCUGAUAAAAAGGCUCUUGUGCGUUCCAUAACAUGCUGGACUCUUAGCCGCUAUGCACACUGGGUAGUCAGCCAGCCCCCAGACACGUACCUGAAGCCAUUAAUGACAGAAUUGCUAAAACGAAUCCUGGAUAGCAACAAGAGAGUACAGGAAGCUGCCUGCAGUGCCUUUGCUACCCUAGAAGAGGAGGCUUGUACCGAACUUGUUCCUUACCUUGCUUAUAUACUUGAUACCUUGGUCUUCGCAUUUAGUAAAUAUCAGCAUAAGAAUCUGCUCAUUCUUUACGAUGCCAUAGGAACAUUAGCAGAUUCAGUAGGACAUCAUUUAAACAAACCGGAAUAUAUUCAGAUGCUUAUGCCUCCACUGAUCCAGAAAUGGAACAUGUUAAAGGAUGAAGAUAAAGAUCUCUUUCCUUUACUUGAGUGCCUAUCUUCAGUUGCCACGGCCCUUCAGUCUGGCUUCCUUCCAUACUGUGAACCUGUAUAUCAACGUUGUGUGAACCUCGUGCAGAAGACUCUUGCACAAGCCAUGCUGAACAAUGCUCAACCAGAUCAAUAUGAAGCUCCAGAUAAAGAUUUUAUGAUAGUGGCUCUUGAUUUACUCAGUGGCCUGGCUGAAGGACUUGGAGGCAACAUUGAACAGCUGGUGGCACGAAGUAACAUUCUAACACUAAUGUAUCAAUGCAUGCAGGAUAAAAUGCCAGAAGUUCGACAGAGUUCCUUUGCCUUGUUAGGUGACCUUACAAAAGCUUGCUUUCAGCAUGUUAAGCCUUGUAUAGCUGAUUUCAUGCCAAUUUUGGGAACCAACCUAAAUCCAGAGUUCAUUUCAGUUUGCAACAAUGCCACAUGGGCCAUUGGAGAAAUCUCCAUUCAAAUGGGAAUAGAGAUGCAGCCUUAUAUCCCUAUGGUGUUGCACCAGCUUGUAGAAAUCAUUAACAGACCCAACACACCAAAGACGUUAUUAGAGAAUACAGCAAUAACAAUUGGUCGUCUUGGUUACGUUUGUCCUCAAGAGGUGGCCCCCAUGCUACAGCAGUUUAUAAGACCCUGGUGCACUUCUCUGAGAAACAUAAGGGACAAUGAGGAAAAGGAUUCCGCAUUUCGUGGCAUUUGUACCAUGAUCAGUGUGAAUCCCAGUGGAGUAAUCCAAGAUUUUAUAUUUUUUUGUGAUGCUGUUGCAUCAUGGAUUAGUCCAAAAGAUGAUCUCAGAGACAUGUUCUGUAAGAUCCUUCAUGGAUUUAAAAAUCAAGUUGGGGAUGAAAAUUGGAGACGUUUCUCUGACCAGUUUCCUCUUCCCUUAAAAGAGCGUCUUGCAGCUUUUUAUGGUGUUUAAUCUUAUACACAUAAGCUGCAGUCCCAUAAUUAGGGGUCCUUCAGUCUUGGAGACUAUGAGGAGCCUCUGCACCCAGGGAAAAUGUUACCCUUGACAGGGGGGAAGGGUAAACCAGUAGGGAAUACAGUACAAUCCCAACCCUACUGGGAGGGG